CUAGCCGUUUCUUUUGCAUUUCAAACUCCCUUUUUCCCAGAGAAAAAACCAUGGCCGCCGUUGCAGAAAUGCCCAUUGCCAUCCCAGCGAAGAAACCGAGAUCCAGAAAGCCAUUGAAGCAGAAAAACGCUUCACCAAGCGAGGCUGCCGACGUUCCUCUCCCGGUGGCGGUAGAAGAGUCCGCCGGGAAAGAGAACCAUGGAAGUCUAUCUCAGAAGAAAUCCAAGAGAGGGGCCUCGAAGGCGAAAAAGCAGACCGAGGAAUCGUCGUCGUUCGAGAAGGAACUCCAGGAAAUGCAGGACAGGCUCCAGAGACUGAAGAUUGAGAAGGAACAGACUGAGGAACUGUUGAAGGCCAGGGAGGAAAUGCUGAAGCAGAAAGAGGAAGAGCUUCAAGUCCGCGGCAAAGAACAGGAGAAACUUCAAUUGGAACUCAAGAAAUUGCAGAAGAUCAAGGAAUUCAAACCCACUCUGAAUUUCCCAAUUCUGAAAACCCUAGGAGAGAAAGAAAAAGAGAAGAAAGGCACGAAAAGGCCGGCAGCACCUUAUCUGUUAUGGUGCAAAGACCAGUGGAAUGAGGUAAAGAAAGCGAACCCAGAUGCGGAGUUCAAGGAGAUAACAAAUCAGCUUGGGGCAAAAUGGAAGACGCUCACCCCGGAAGACAAGAAGCCGUACGAGGAAAAGUACCAGGCGGAGAAAGAAGAAUACUUGAAGGCUGUCGGAAAUGAGAAGCGUGAAAGAGAAGCAAUGAGGCUCUUGGAGGAGGAGCACAAGCAGAAGACAGCCAUGGAAUUGCUCCAGCAAUUCAUCCACUUUCAGCAAGAAACAACAGCCAACGAAAACAACAAGAAGAAAAAGAAGGAGAAAGAUCCAUUGAAACCAAAGCAACCAUUAUCGGCUUUUUUCGUGUUCACCAAUGAGCGGCGUGCUGCUUUGCUUGCUGAGAACAAGAAUGUGAAAGAGGUGGCAAAGAUCACAGGUGAAGAAUGGAAGAACAUGACUGAUGACCAGAAAGCACCCUAUGAAGAAAUUGCAGCAAAGAACAAGGAACAGUAUGGUCAAGAAAUGGAGGUUUACAGAAAGAUGAAGGAAGAAGAAGCUGCCAGCCACAAGAAGGAAGAGGAGGAGAUGAUCAAGCUCAAGAAGCAGGAAGCUAUGCAAUUGCUAAAGAAGAAGGAGAAGACAGAAAAUCUCAUUAAGAAAACAAAAGAGAAUCAAAGAAAGAAACAGAAGGAAGAGAAGAAUGUAGAUCCCAACAGGCCAAAGAAGCCAGCUUCCUCAUUCCUUCUGUUCAGCAAGGAGGAAAGGAAGAGGAUAGUGGAAGAGAAGCCUGGAACCAACAAUACAACAGUUAAUGCUCUCAUUUCUCUCAAAUGGAAGGAGCUGAGUGAAGAAGAGAAACAAGUUUGGAACAGCAAAGCUGCUGAGGCCAUGGAGGCAUACAAGAAGGAAUUGGAGGAAUACAAUAAAUCUGCAGUAGAGUAUCAGAACAGCAAGAAAUGAACAAUUUCAGCCCCCAAUCUACUAUGAUGUUCAAUUUGUUUGUGUUGAACAUUAGAAAUGAAUGCUUACUCUUUCUUAAUUGUAGUAGUUGUAAUGUGUUUAUUUGACUUCACUUUUAGUUAGUGUACUAGCAAUGGAAGAAUUAAUUCUCUUUGAAA